AAAUUAGCUAGCUUAGGUUUGUCUUUAGCUGAAUUUACUUGGUGGAACCAAAUCCCUCCUCAAUUAAGAGGUGACUUUGGUAAGAAUUGUCUUGGAAUACCUUAUUAUAAAUUUUGUUAAGUUUUCUUUUGUUGAGGGUUAGGUUUCAUGCCCCCUCUUUUUUUUUUUUUUUGUAUCUUAUCUUUUUUUUAUCAAUAUAUUUUGAGGGCUUGCUUUGGAAGCAAGUUCCUAUUUAAAAAAAAAUAAAAAAAUAAUAAAAUUUUUAACCGAGCUAAAAACUAUAAGCUAACAUAUUUACCUUCCCAAACGGAGCCUAAUAGAAUAUUACAAGCAUAAGCAGGGUUUUUGUGUUUGUUUGGGGGAGAGAGAGUCGUCGUCGCGAUGGGAAGAAGGUUCCAACAACAAACCCUUCUCCCUCGUAUCGAUUCAUGCAAAUCUAAAUUCUCAACCGCCGAUGAAAUUGUCCAUUAUCUCCGUUCAACUUACCCCGAUUACCACCGUGUCAAGUCUCAAACACUUCUUUACUAUGUUAACAUUGCUCUUCUUUCUUCUAACAACAACAACAACAAACCCGCCGCCAGAGAACAAAUCGACCAGACUGCUUCUCAAUUAACCAAACUCUCUCUUUCAGAAAACAACGGCGGUGGCGACGCCGGCGGUGGCAAUGAUGUUAAAAAUGUUAAAAAAGUUGAGAAUGUUGUUAAGAAUGUUGUGAAGAGGCCGAUGUUUAAGGAUUUAGGUGGGAAUGGAAUGGAGAAGAUAAAGAAUGAAUUGGAAGCACCUCUUAUGUUAGUGUGUCAACCUAAGUUGUGUAGAGAGUUUGGAUUGAAACCAAUUACUGGAAUUUUGUUACAUGGUCCACCUGGUUGUGGAAAAACUAGACUUGCUCAUGCUAUUGCUAAUGAAGCUGAACUUCCUUUUUAUCCUAUUUCUGCUACUCAAGUUGUUACUGGUGUUGCUGGCGAAUCUGAAAAUAAUAUUAGAGAGCUUUUCUCUAAAGCCAAAAAGACUGCUCCAUCAAUUAUCUUUAUUGAUGAGAUUGAUGCAAUUGCUAAGAGAGGAGAGAAUUCACAGCGACAGAUGGAGACACGAAUUGUGACGCAGUUAUUAACUUGCAUGGAUGAAGCUUGUAGUAGUUCAGGCAGUUCUGAUGAACCUACUGGUUAUGUUCUUGUAAUUGGAGCCACAAAUAGGCUUGAUGCUAUUGACUCUGCUUUGAGAAGGCCUGGUCGCUUUGCUCUUGAGAUUGAUGUUGGCAUUCCUGAUGAAUCUGCCAGGGAGGCGAUACUUUUCUUGCAUACUCGAAAUUGCAGUGACAAGCUUGACAGUUCGGUUGAUCUGCAAAAAAUAGCAAGGUCUACUCCGGGAUUUGUUGGUGCUGAUUUGGAAGCUCUAGUCGGCAAAGCUGGCGAACGGGCAUUGGACCGGAUAAUUGAUGAAAGGAAACACGAAUUAUCUAAAGAUCUCAUGAGUGAAACUAAUGCCGGCAGGUGGAAGAAACCUUGGUUGCCUCAAGAAAUAAACAGAUUUACAAUCAAAAUGACUGAUUUCGAGGAAGCAGUCAAAAUGGCACAACCUUCAUUAACAAGAGAAGGAUUCUCUCCCGUUCCUGAUGUUAAAUGGGAAGACGUUGGUGCACUUGAUCAUGUAAGAGAGGAGUUUGAUCAACACAUUGUAAAGCGCAUAAAAAACCCCGACGUUUAUGAGGGACUUGGAUUGGAUCGCGAUACGGGAUUUUUGCUUUACGGGCCUCCAGGUUGUGGUAAAACACUGAUAGCCAAAGCUGUUGCCAAUGAGGCGGGAGCUAAUUUCAUUUAUAUUAAGGGUCCUGAGCUUCUAAAUAAAUUUGUUGGAGAAAGCGAGCGUGAAGUCCGGAAAUUAUUUUAUCGUGCAAGGGCAUGUGCACCAUGUAUACUUUUUUUUGACGAGGUGGAUGCUAUGACAACAACAGAACAUGGAAAUGAAGGUGGACGGGUUAUUGACGGAAUACGGAAACAGUUGCAGAUUGAAUUAGAUGGCGCAGAGCAACGCAAAGGUGUUUUCGUGAUUGGUGCAACAAAUAGGCCUGAGGUGAUCGACAGUGCUCUCCUACGUCCGGGUAGAUUUGGCAAUCAUAUUUAUAUUCCUGUUCCAAGCACAGACGGCCGUGUCUCGAUAUUGAAAGCUCUUGCAAUGCAUAAGGAAGCUCUUGCAAGGCGUAUGGAAAAUCGUGCAAGGUUUAAGCUUAUGCGUAUUGAUGCCAGUGUGGAUUUGAGCUCCAUUGCAAGAUUGAAAGCUUGUGAAAACUUUAGUGGUGCCGAUCUUGCUGCAUUGAUGGACAAAGCAAUAUUGGCUGCUCUCGAAGAGAAGCUGACCACAACAGAGAAAAAAAGUGAUACAUUGACUGUCGAGUCAAGGCAUUUUGAGGUUGCGCUAAGCAAAGUCUCUCCCUCUGUGUCAGAAAAGCAAAUGGAAUACUAUGAGGAUAUUUCGAAGCUCCUUAAAGCCGCAUGAGUAGCGCAGCAGCAUGUCAAUGAUUUCUUUUGUUCUUUUACAUUAGGUUAUUUUAAUCCAUUGAGGAAUAGGUAAGGAAACCAUUGCUAUUAGACUGAAGCAUGAUUUGUAUCUGCUUAUUUAUAAGAAAGUGCAAUAUAAGGAUACAAUUUUUCAGACCUUGAUCUUCCAUUGCAUUGCUUGUAGAUCAGAAGCUAGAAGUGAGAUGUUGCAAUAAGCGAGAUAAAUAGAAAAUAGUGAUUGCAACAUAUAGUAUGAUAAAUAAGGUUUUACGAAAGUGUAAAGACAAAAAUUACAUUUCAAUAUUUUUUCUUAUAUUAUAAUGAAGUAAAAAUCACUAUGAAAUCCAUCAAA